CGAUCUGGGAGGCCCCUCCCCAUGGAGAAGAUGAGCUGGCUGAGCAAGCUGAACCCCCGAGCGGCAGCUGGGCCGAGGGCAAGCCGGGGGGGCGGCCUGCAGGGCCCGGUGAUGGCGGACCCCGAAACCUGCCUGAUGGUCUUCAAGAACCACUGGGCUCAGGUGCUGAGGAUCCUGGAGAAGCGUGGGCCCCACGUGACCCCGGGGGCCGCCGAUGACCUGAGUGCCGUGCGCAACAACACCUACCAGAUGGUGACUCUGCUGGCGGAGGAGCGCCCGCGGGGCGAGCCGGCGAUGGGGCCCAUCCUGGAGUUUGCAGUCUCGGAGAACGUGCUGGAGCACCUGCUGGGCUGGCACCUGCAGCGGGAGGUGCCCGAGGAGCGCAAGGUGGAGCUGCUGAAGCUGUUCGAGAUGCUGAUCAGCCAGGCCCACCAGCCGCUGCUGCACCAGAAGGCCGUGGUGGCCCCCCUGCUGCGCCUGCUGGCCCUGUGCGCCGAGCCGGCCUCUCCCCUGCUGGAGACCAACCUGGUGCUGCUGCUGAAUCAGCUCUGCGUCUCCGUGGCCCGGGACCCCCCGCUGCUGGAGCUCUUCUUCCACAGCCCCUCCGAGCAGGGACCCCCCCACCUGCUGCUCUUCUCCCUCCUCAUCCCCUUCAUCCACCACGAGGGGGUCGUGGGCCAGCAGGCGCGGGAUGCGCUACUCCUGCUCAUGGCCGUGUCCUCCGGCAGCCGGACCGUCGCCCGCUACAUCACCGAACACUCCUACUUCUGCCCGGUCCUGGCCACGGGGCUGAGCGCCCUCUACUCCUCACUGCCCCGCAAACUUGAAGUCCGCGGGGAUGAUUGGCACUUUCUGCGCCGCGAGGACUGGAUUGGGGUCCCGUCCCUGGUCCUCUUCAUGAACUCCCUGGAGUUUUGCAAUGCGGUCAUCCAGGUGGCUCACCCGCUGGUCCAGAAGCAGCUGGUGGAUUACAUCCACAACGGGUUCCUGGUGCCAGUGAUGGGCCCGGCUUUGCACAAGACGUCCAUCGAGGAGAUGAUCGCCAGCACGGCCUACCUGGACCUCUUCCUGCGCAGCAUCAGCGAGACGCCCCUGCUGAAGGCCUUCCUCCGCUUCCUGCUGCUCCACCACCACGACAGCAGCACCAUCCUGGACACGCUGGUGGCACGCAUCGCCAGCAACUCCCGGCUCUGCAUGGUCUCCCUCAGCCUCUUCCGGACGCUGAUUGGCCUGCACUGCGAGGACGUCCUGCUGCAGCUGGUGCUGAGGUACCUGAUCCCCUGCAGCCACGUCAUGCUGAGCCAGAAGAGAGCGGUCAAGGAGCUGGACCUGUAUGGCAAGGCUGCUGCCAAGUUCCUCUCGCUCAUCCCUCGCUGCUGCAGCCCAGAGAGCCUGCCCAGCCUCGACCAGGAAGAGGAGCGGGCAGCCUGGUCCAAGGGCCAAGGCAGCCCCAGCGUGGACUCUUCCUCCGUGGUGACCAUCCCCAGGCCCUCCACGCCGUCUCGCAUCUCCUUCUUCACCCGCCAGCCCAGCUCCAGCACGGAGGCCCCCAGCCCCACCCACCGCUCUCCAGGGACGCCCACGGGCAGCCCUGCUCACCGUCCCGGCAGGUGGGAGGAGGUCUCGGAGCUGGAAGGGAAUUACCUGGAGUACCUGCGGGAUGCGCGGCUCAACAUCGACCUCUGCGUCCGUGCCUGCCACGUCUGGUCAGCUCCCUACGAUGGGGAGGAGCCCAAUGCCAUCGGCUUAGCUCCGCCUCCGGGUGCCUCCUCAGCAGCCAACACGUCCGUCCAUCCCAGGGGGCCCCCGCCAGACCCUGCACCUGCCUCCCCCCGGACUAAAAAGCGGGGGGCAAGCCUGGAAGGGGCCCCUGCCAGCCUGCUGCCUAGCACUGCCCCACCAGCGGACACCAAAGACAAGCACCUUCUGCUUAACGGGGCCCACGUGGACACUGGCAUCAAGAAGGGCCGCUGGUGCCCCCCCGAGAGCCCCUUGGAGAAUGGGUCAGUCCCAUCGCGCAACCUUUGCGAAGGCGCCUCCUGCCUGGACUUGCUCGCGGAUGAGGGGCUGAGCCAGGCCCCUCUGGAGAAUGGGGGUCCGCUGACGGCGGAGGACUUCCAUCGGGAACUGUGUCAGCUGCAGGACGAGAUGGCUAACGGGGACCGAGCCGAGGAAGGCCCUGGCGUGGAUCCCCCACCUGAGCCUGAACCGCUUUCCCGGGAGGAAGAGGAAGCUUACCACUGCUUUUCCUCCUGCCCCGAGGGCUCGGCCCCCGCCCCGCCUGCCGACCCCUUGUCCCAGAUCAUCAUAAGCCCGCUCCGGGCCUCAGGGCAGCCUCCCAGCCAGCCAUUCACCGGCCCCUUCCUGGCUAUCCUGCUGGCCAAACUGGAGAACAUGCUGCAGAACUCGCUCUACGUCAACUUCCUGCUGACGGGACUGCUGGCACAGCUCGCCUGCUACCCGCAGCCCCUCCUGCGCUCCUUUCUCCUCAACACCAACAUGGUCUUCCAGCCCAGCGUCAAGUCCCUCCUCCAGGUCCUGGGCUCCGUGAAGAACAAAAUUGAGGGCUUCGCGGACAGCCAGGAGGACUUCCCGUCACUGCUCUUCAAGGCCAGGAAGUACCUGAUUGCCCGGGCCAGGCCGGACGCCCCAGAUGCCACCAACCCCCUUCCCCCCUUACGCCGUCCCGAGGCCCUUGUGAAGAGCCGGAAGCCCACCAUCGGGGAGCUGAUCAUGCGCCACACCAACAGCCCCACGCGGGCCCGCCAGGCCGCCCAGCUGGCCCUGCAGCAUGUGCGCGAAGGGCAGGUGCUGCAGGCGCUCUCGGGCGGCUCCCUCUUCCGCGGCUCUGCCGAGAAGCAAAGCGAAGCGCUGCGGGUGAAGAACGCCGUCUACUGCGCAGUCAUCUUCAGCGAGUUCCUCAAGGAGCUGGCGGCCAUCGCCCAGGCCCACGCGGUCACCUCCCCCUUCCUGCUGGAGCCCCCCCCGGAGUGACCCCCCCACUCCCUGUCCUGUCCGGUUGGGGGGGCACCCGCAGGGAGGCCCCUCCCCUUUUAAAACUCCUUACCAGGAAAUGGACCUUUUUAAUUUAUUGGGAAUGAAUGCUUUUUUUC